UUUAUUUAGAUUUUUACUGUACAAUAACAACACAUUGGCCACUCCCAGCAUUCACCGUAAGUUCGGCUCACUUGACCGCAGUUAUGACUUGUUUGGAAAUCUUCCCUCCAAUCAGAGCGCAGCUCUUAUCUGUGAGCCGUGGACGUUGAUCUGCUGCGGCUGAAGCAAACAUUAAAACUUUUGAAGUCUCUCUCUGACAUGAAGCUUCUUCGUCAUGUUCUUCUCCCUCCCGUCCUCCUGCUUGUCCUCCAUCACCUCGCCGUGGCGGACGGCGGACACGUCCUCGUGUUCCCCGGUGAGUACAGCCACUGGCUGAACAUGAGGAACAUCAUGGAGGAGCUGGUGCGGCGAAACCACUCCGUGACGGUCGCGGUUCCUGACGCGUCGCCGUCCAUCAAUUACAACAACAGCCGCGACGCUGCCAAGUUCAAUUUCCUGGUUUUAAAGGUCUCGUACACUCGGGAAGAGUAUCACCAGCUCUUUCUUGACUUCAUCCACUUCUCCAUGACUGAGCUGCCGCGUGCGUCCAUGCUGCAGAAGGUGCUCCUGCUGCAUAAUUGGGCCCAGCGCUCCAUCGACUUCGGCAUGCGUCAGUGCGACGCCAUGUUGAAGAACGAGCAGCUGAUGGCGACCCUGCGGGACGCCGCGUUCGACGCUGUCCUGGUCGACCCCAUGGUGAUGUGUGGCGACCUGAUGGCCGACGUGCUCGGCCUGCCGCUCAUCCUCUCUCUGCGCUUCUCGAUGGGCAGUGUCAUGGAGCGGCAUUGUGGCCACGCGGUGGCGCCACCGUCGUUCGUCCCCACCGCGCCGCUGCCGUACGGCGACCACAUGACGUUCAGGGAAAGGGUCAUCAACAUGGUGACGUACGUGGCCACGUCCGUGAUUACAGAGUUCUUCUGGAGGACAACGCUGAACCAGUACUACAGUGAGCUCAAAGGACGUCCCACCAGCAUGUGUGAGAUUCUGGGCAACGCCGACAUCUGGCUCAUCCGGACAUUCUGGGACAUCGAGACGCCGCGGCCGGUCCCGCCCAACUUCAAAUAUGUGGGAGGUCUCCACUGUAGGCCGGCCAAUAAGCUGCCGGACGACCUGGAGGCCUUCGUUCAGAGCUCGGGUGACGCCGGAGUGGUAGUUGUUUCUUUUGGCUCCAUGGUAACCAACCUGACGGCAGAGCGUGCCGACGCUAUCGCUACGGCUUUAGGACGAAUCCCACAGAAGGUGAUUUGGAGGUUUAACCACAAACCAAAGACGUUGGCGCCAAACACAAAGCUUUGUGAUUGGCUGCCUCAGAACGACCUCCUGGGUCACCCUCUGACCCGAGCGUUCGUGACUCACGGCGGCACCAACGGCCUGUAUGAGGCCGUGUACCACGCCGUGCCAUUGGUUGGUCUCCCGCUGUUUGCAGAUCAGCCCGACAACCUCGCGCGGUUGACCCGCCGCGGCGCCGCCAUCGUCCUCGACAUCCACACCAUGACGUCAGACGAGCUGACGGAGGCGCUGCAAGCUGUCAUCGACCAGCCGAGCUACAAGACCAACAUGCAGUACCUGUCGGAGCUGCACCGCGAGCGCCCGGUGUCGCCGCUGAGCACUGCUGUGUUCUGGGUGGAAUAUGUGAUGCGACACGGCGGCGCGCGCCACCUGCGUCUGGCCUCACAGGAGCUGAACUGGUUCCAGUACCACAGCGUGGACGUGGUCCUCGCCCUGUUGGCUGUCAUGAUAGCUUGCUGCGCCCUCUGCUGGGCAGCGGUGAGAUGUUUGCUGCGGAGCUGCAGACGAAGACGGCGUGAAAAGAAAGACUGAUGUGUUUAUAUUGUUUGUUUGUGUGUAAAGGUACAGCAGGCAACUUCAGAGAAACGAUGAUAUUUUCUGCCGUUGUCAUGAAUUAAAGGUUCAUUUGUUGAUAAACUAAA